AUGACCUCCUUCAACCUGAUCAAGAACGAACGAUCGUUGUUGCCAAUGACCUCCCAAUGCUGCCAAAGAUUGUCCCUGCCAGCGGCCGAGAAGAAGAUCGAUGUGUUCUUCGCGAACAAACGAAUCGAUGCGUGUGGCAGAUCUGGAAACGUCAGGGAGGCGGUAGAGAUCUUCAUCGGCCUGGGCGACGCAAGAAAUCCCUUCUCCUGGUACCUCAUCCUCUCGGCCCUGGCAAGAAAUGGAUGCCUGAUGAACGCCAAGCAAGUCUUCGAUUCCAUCACGCCAUUCGCCGAUCUGGGCGCCUGGAACACGAUGCUGGACGCCUACGCGCAGGCCGGGGAUCUAGAUCACGCGCGAGAGCUAUUCGAUAGAUUCCCUGGCUGGGAUUUGAGAAGCUGGACCACGAUGCUCGUUGCCUACGCGCACAAGAACCGAUUGAGGGACGCGAUGCGCGUGUUUGAAGCGAUGCCGCAGCGCGAUCUCGUGUCCUGGAACGCGAUGCUCGCCGCAUUCUCCCGGAGUGGCGAUCUUUCAUCGAUCCAAGAACUCUUUUCCGCAAUGCCGCUAAGAACCCUAGUUUCUUGGAGCACGAUCCUGGUGUUCUACGCACAAUCCGGCCUAGCGGACGCCGCAAGAACGAUCUUCGCCGCGAUGCCGGAGCACAAUCUCUUCUCUUUCACCGCGAUGCUCUCCGGCUACGCCAAGAGCGGGAAUCUUGCUGUGGCGAAGCUCCUGUUCGAUCAGAUGCCAGAGAGAGACCGCGUCGCAUGGACGAUCCUGCUGGAAGCGCUCGCCGAGAGCAAGAACAUCGAUCUGGCGUGCCAGAUCUUCCACACGAUGCCUGAGCGAGACCUAAUCGCCUGGACGACAAUGCUCACCGCCUAUUCCCAGAUAGGGCGCCUGGAUCUCGCCAAGAUCAUCUAUGACGACGCUCCCGCGAGGGAUAUCAUCCUUUGCAACGCGAUGAUCACAGCGCUGGCUCACAAUGGAGGAGUGGAUUGGGCGCAAGAGAUCUUUCACAGCAUGCCCCAGCGAGAUCUCGUCUCGUGGAACGCAAUGCUUACAGCAUUCGCCCAGAAUGGGCAAAUACUCGACGCCAAAGAGACUCUAAAUUUCAUUCCAGAGCUCGACCUAGUCUCCUCCAAUACGGACCUUUUUAUCCUUGGAAUAUCCGGCAAGCUCGAGGAAGCCAAAUGCCGGUUUGAUUCCCUACCAACGAAAAACCUCAUUACCUACACAACAAUGCUUGCAGCAUAUGCCCAGGAAGGUCAUUUAAAGGAAUCAAAACGUAUCUUUUCCAAGAUGCCCGAGAGAAGUACGGUGUCCUUCAACGCACUGCUAACAGCAUAUGUCGAUUUUGGCAGCUUGCGACAAACGCAACUCUUUUACGAUACGAUUCCUGCCCGGAAUACGGCGACCACAAACGUGAUGCUCUACGCAUAUGCCCGGUCGGGGCAUCUUGUACAGGCGUGGAGUCUCUUCCAGAGGAUGCCCGACCGCGACAUUGUGUCAUGGACCACCAUGGUGGCGGCAUAUUCGCGCCUUGGCCACUCACACCAGGGUCUCCAUUUUCUUCAAUCAAUGAGAGUGGCCGCGGAAGAUCCCGACCAAGGGUGCUUCUUAUCUCUAAUGGCCGCCGCGAGCCACGGAGGAACUCUCCGCGAUUCAUGGAGCUUGUUCCAGUCCAUGAUCUUCGAUCACGGCUUUACCCCGACCAAGCAGCACUACUGUUGCAUUGUGGAUCUCCUGGCCCGAGCUGGGCGAUGGAGAGACGCUCGCGAGCUCAUAGACACGAUGCCAUUCCAGCCGGGGGUCUUGGAAUCGACGUGCCUGGCAAGCCGGGAGAUCCCUGCGAAGCUCGGCCAUGGGGUGAUCGAAAGCCUGGAUUCGCGAGCAUCGAGCUAUGUUCUCCUGGCAAAUGGAAUCAUCUCUGGAUCGUGCUAA